AUGCAGCAAUAUGGCAGAGAUAAUUCUCAUAAACUCCCAGAUAAACUGCGAGCUAAAACUGCUUUGUACAGCAUCCUGGAUGAUUUCUACGUGGAUGACUAUCUUAAGAGUAUACCUUCCAUUGGCAUGGGAAUUCAAUUAGCGACCGAUGUCUCAUAUAUGUUGACAGAAGGACAGUUCCAUUUCAGGAAAUGGAAAUCAAAUAGCACUGAAGUCUUGGCACACCUUCUUGGCGAUGUUGAUCCAUGUCAGCUUAAUCCACAUUUGGCAGAAACCACUGUUCUUGACUUGCAUUGGGAUCCACUUUCCGAUGAACUCUUCUAUCAGGUCAGCUCUUAUGAUACACAGCAUCUCAAUAAAAGGCAAGUGCUUAGAGAUACUGCGAAAUUAUAUGAUCCAAUUGGCAUGUUAGCACCAGUUAUCAUCACGGCUAAAUUUUUCAUAUAA